CUUGCAGCAUCAUUACGUGCUCGUUGUCCCGAGCGGUUUACGACUGCACGCAUCCUCACCUCUUAAUGCAGGACUAUCGGACCGGCUCCUAGGCUCUCAGAGGGCUGCUUGUGGAUAAAUGCUUGGUUUUCUGCAGAUGUUUAAAGUCGUAUAUAGGGAAGCGCGCGCUUGUCUAGGACUUUUAGAGCAGGUGAUCUUUGGGGCGCGUAAAACUCCUAACUUUCCUUUAAACGAUGCCCAAGCGGGAUAAACUGAGGUCAACCUCAAAAACUGUAAAAUCACAGAAAAAGUAAUUAGGACAAGAUUGUUAUUUACUUCAACAAGACACUCAAACACGAUUUAUAUAUUAUCGCCAGUGUUACGGAGUCGGUAUCAGCAUCUUCUUCCUCAUUGGACUUUUUCACGUCUUCCUCCUGUGCUAAGUGUGCAGAGGUGCUCGAAUCUUUUUCUUUGUUAUUUUUCUUCCUUUUUUCUUUUUGUAAAUGUUUGGAAUCCAGGAGCAUCUUGCUGUGAAAGAACGAACUUUUGGGGAAGAAAUGGAUUCAGUCCGUCCGUGGGUGCGCAAUGUCGGAGUUGUGGAUGCAAAUGUUGCAGCUCAGAGUGGACUAGCUUUGUCUCGUGCCCACUUUGAGAAACAACCUCCCUCCAACCUGCGAAAGUCCAACUUCUUCCAUUUUGUUCUGGCCCUGUACGACCGGCAUGGACAGCCAGUGGAAAUCGAGAGAACAGCCUUCAUUGACUUUGUUGAGCAUGAUAAGGAGCAGACGGGAGAAAAAACUAAUAAUGGCACACACUACAAACUCCAGCUCCUUUACAGUAAUGGUGUACGAACUGAACAAGACCUUUAUGCUCGUCUUAUUGACUCUGUAACCAAACAGCCCAUAUCAUAUGAAGGACAAAAUAAGAACCCUGAAAUGUGCCGUGUUCUGCUUACUCAUGAGGUCAUGUGCAGUCGCUGCUGCGAGAAAAAAAGCUGUGGAAAUCGUAAUGAGACCCCAUCAGACCCUGUCAUCAUUGACAGAUUUUUCUUGAAGUUUUUCCUCAAGUGCAACCAAAAUUGUUUGAAGACAGCAGGAAACCCAAGAGACAUGAGAAGAUUUCAGGUUGUUCUCUCAAGCACUAUUAGUGUGGAUGGUCACGUUCUCGCAGUAUCCGAUAAUAUGUUUGUACACAACAACUCCAAACAUGGCCGACGAGCACGAAGACUGGAGCCAGGAGAGUCCCUAGAGAACACUAUGGAAUAUGCCACCCCAUGUAUCAAAGCCAUCAGCCCCAGUGAGGGCUGGACCACAGGUGGAGCGAUGGUAAUCAUUAUCGGCGAGAACUUCUUUGAUGGUCUGCAGGUUGUGUUUGGGAGCAUGUUGGUGUGGAGUGAGUUAAUCACUCCUCAUGCAAUCCGGGUUCAGACACCUCCAAGACACAUUCCAGGGGUAGUAGAAGUCACACUGUCCUACAAAUCAAAACAGUUUUGCAAAGGAGCUCCGGGAAGAUUCAUUUACACAGCACUGAAUGAACCAACUAUAGACUACGGCUUCCAGAGAUUGCAGAAGGUCAUUCCUAGACAUCCUGGGGACCCUGACAAAUUGGCAAAAGAGAUGCUGCUUAAAAGGGCAGCAGAUCUUGUGGAAGCAGUCUAUGGAAAUACCCACAGUAAUCAGGACAUGUUACUCAAAAGGGCAGCGGACAUUGCUGAAGCUUUGUAUAGUGUACCACGGCCCCACAGUCAACUACAGGCUCUGCCCAGCUCCCCAGUGCAUGGCAGUGUUAUGGGAUUAAGCUCCUACCCAUCUCAGCUCGGUGUGAGCAUUGGUGACCCUGGACAAAGCAGUGGCCAAGGUUACAUGCGUAAUUCUACAAGUUUGUCUCCACGGAGCUACCCAUCUGCUUCCACCCCUCAGCAGUCCACCUAUGGCUCUGGAGGAGGAAUGAGUGGAGGGUAUGGAGCUGUACCCAUGGGUAGUUUGGGUGUGCCCGGUUCUCCUGGCUUCAGCAGUGCCUCCCCAAACAGCUCUCCUUAUGUUAUGCCAUCUAGUCCCACUAUACCAGGCUCUAGUUCGUCUUCCUCUCUUCUUCCCUUCUCAUCUUUUCCUUCCACGGCCAAACAGAAGAGUGCUUUUGCUCCUGUCUUGAGACCACAAGGCUCACCUUCACCUGUCUGUCCCACUUCAGGAGGCAAUGGCUUUAGAGCAAUGACUGGACUCGUUGUCCCUCCAAUGUAGAAGACACAUUGUUGCGAGAUAAGAUAUUUUCACCAGCUGACACCCCAGGGUUAUACUACGACUAGUGACGUCUUUACCUCCUAACAACUCACAACUACUCACACCAACCACCCAGAAAGACACUGCAGACUCUUAAACAUUUUAAACCAUGAGUGAUAACAAGCUGUGAAUUCCAUCUCUCCAUAUGAAGAAAAUAUGAAUGGGACAGGACGUGAUCAGCUUUGAGGAACUUCACAUAGAACUUCGUAUUGGCAAAUCCUUCUCCUUAGCUCAGAGAGGCUUCACCAGUCUGUCAGCCAUUUAUGAUGCUUUUUCUACAGAGAUUGUUGAUCACAUGAUCAGAGGCCUCUCAUCAUACAAACAAGCAAGUCUCAGAGAGAACCGUCCAAAGCUUUUUUCAAGGUUUGUGCAGAAACCUUGGUCACAAAAGACUCUGUACACCGAUAACCUAAGCAUUCCAUUUAUAGAUGUGCAGAAUUUUAUUUUCUUUCUUAGUUUGAAAAUAAGGGAAAUUAUACUUUGUACCUCUCAGAGAUGUGAUCUGAUGACCUCAUAUAUUGACUUAUUUAAAAAUAAAUGGUAUAUAAGUUAUUAUUUUUUAGGUUAAGUAAGUAAUAAUAAAACAACUUUUGCUCCUAUUUGAAAUUGUUCUACUUGUUAUAUAUCUUAUUACUAUGUUGCUAUUAUGUUUAUGUUGUGAGUUUAUAAUGAAUGUUAUUAGCUUAUUAUUUUUUACAUCUAAAUUUCCUGGAGAAAUCCUGAAAUCAUUUUGUUAGGGAAAAAUAAUACUAAAUAUUUUUUUAAACUCUUCCAAGUGUGGCACUGCAUAAAGCUAUAAGGUAUUCCUCUCCAGGAUCAUAGUUUAACUUGCCUCUUACUUAAAUUGUUUCAUAAUUUGAAUAAUUAUUAACUUAUAUUCAGAGUUUGGUGGCAAGCUCUUAUUGAAUAGACCUUACAGUAAAUACUACUGUAAAUGUUUACAAAUUUUGUAGUUCAGAAAACUUCUAGUUCGGAAAUUCUUUGUAAUUCAGCUGCAUUUUCAUCAGUAGUGUGUUGGAGAUUUCCAGCAAUGUUACACACCAUCACAGAACAAUUCUGUAACUAUGCAGUACAUGAUUAGGCUUAAACUGUUUGUGAUCACUGUAUGUCAUAAAAGCAAAAUAAAAGAAACAUUAUAAUACAUUUCAUUCAGAAAU